AUGCCGAAAUAUCGAUUGGUUUUUCUUCUUUUAUUCGUUAUUCUGAUUGAUUCAGAAGCCGCUGAUCUGUUGACAUGCACUUCGAAAGAAGAACCGAUCCUUGUUAGUGGAUCCAUUAACAAGGAAUUCUCAAUGCAAAUCACGGAGAAGGUUAAAAAUUGUAAUGGGUACUGUGUGAGCAAACUGGUAUCUUUGGAUGCAACAAUGGCCGAUGGUAAUCAAGCUCAUAUUCGAAAUGUUCAUUUCUCGUGUGUUCCAAUUGUACCAAAAGCGGAACAGAUGUGUAGCAAAACUUGCACGACUCAAAUCUACAAAGAUGAUAAAACGAGUAAAUCAAUUGAUCGAAGUGUUGGAUCGUUGAAGAGAGUUUUGGUGAAGGAGAUUGGAGAUUUCUCAUUCGAGAAGGCUGAAGAGAAGACUUGUUGCUGUAAGGAUGCGAAAUGUGCUCGUCGUCUUGAUGCUACAAUGCGUUUGAACCUUCGAUCCAACUAUAAAAUCCACUGA